AUGGCUCAACCCGACUCGCUGGGGACUGAAGGUCUGCGUCAACGAAAUGUGCCUCUACAGGCGGCUUCCGAAGAGGAAGCUCGCCAAGCUGUGCUGCAGCUCAACUCUCAGGAGGAAAAUACCAAAGAUGCCGAUAACGAGAAGAGAACCUUUGGGAGGACACCAGGUGGGACGGUAUUUGUCGUGCCUGAAACGAAGGAUAUGGUGUCGCAGCUGUUAUCGCCAUCCGAGCCAAAGAAUAUAUCAGAUCUCCUCAUCUUGGCUGUUCUUGCUUCCAUGAUCUCGCUGUUGUGGCUGCCCAAAGCGACUCAAGUACCCACCUUCGGCUGCCUCUUCGUCUUCUGGAGACUUUCCUACAAUAUAGGAAUUGGCUGGUUGUUACGAAAACAGUCCAAGCAGCAAACCCUUGUUCGCUGGGCACGAAAAUCGAAACUUUUUGGAAAGCCCUCUGCGACAGAACAUCCAAGACUUCGAGCUUUCAUCAAAAGUGAGCUCGAGAAAAAGAUCGUUCGCAACUACGACUUUGACGAUGCACCUCUUGAGUACAACACAUGGCUCGUUUUCCGACGUAUCGUUGACCUGAUCCUCAUGUGUGACUUCACAUCCUAUAUGCUUUUCGCCGUUGCCAGCUGCUCAAGGCCAAUUGGAGAGUUCUUCCUGACCACUAUUACCCGGUGGAUUGUUGCAGCAAUCCUUGUCGCUUUCAACCUUUGGGUCAAACUUGAUGCCCAUCGAGUGGUCAAGGACUUCGCCUGGUAUUGGGGUAUGUUCGCUCACAGCUCCAUCUUGUUCUACAAGCUUAUACCGAACAGGAGAUUUCUUCUUUCUGGUGGACCAGGAAUUGGUGUUCGAACUGACGACUUAGGUGUUUUCGAGUUAGCCCCUCACCCUAUGUAUUCCAUUGGCUACAUCGGCUAUUACGGAAUAGCACUUGCCACCGCUUCGUACCAGGUACUCUUUCUAAGCUUGUUUGGUCAAGCGAAUCAGUUCUUCUUCCUUUGGAACACAGAACAACCGCAUAUAGAUCGUAUCUAUAGCUCGCCGCCCUCCAGAAAACAAUUAGACCAUUCACCACAAAAGCCACCAGAGACGCACAACACGCUCAGCCUUGAUCUAUAUCGCGUAACCGAUACCUCAACGAUUAUUAUCCAGAUCCUCCUGUUCCUGUUAACGAUCGUCACACCGAAAAGUGCACCAUACAAAGCCCUGUUUCUAAUCGCUGCAGUACUGUGCAGAGUCUGGUUCUCCUUAGGUCUAGGCUACCUGCUUGAUCGUCAAUCCGAAAAACAGGCAUGGACUCGACAUUUUUUGAAGCACGGAGAAAGCACUGGGGAAGCGUUCCGACAAUGGAAAGGUAUCUACCACAUGAGUAUGACAUUGUCAUACGCCACAUUUGCUGCCCUGACUUGGAAAAGCUACCAUCCACCUUCAGCAUGGGAUGAAGAUCUUGUGCUUCUCAGACACGUGUUUGGAUUGAGUCUGGUGGCGCUCCAGAUCUGGGUCGCAGUUAGUGUGUAUCAACAGCUGGGUGAAUAUGGCUGGUUUUACGGAGAUUUCUUCUUCUUUUUCGAAAACCAGUCAUCCAACUUGUCAUAUUCGGGAAUCUACCGAUUCCUCAAUAAUCCAGGCAGAGUUCUCGGUCUGGCUGGGCUGUGGGGCUGCAGCAUAAUCACUAAGUCGAAAUCUGUCCUAGGUCUUACUAUUUUGUCGCAUGUACUAGAAUGGUUUCUAGGCAACGUUGAACGAAAGCACAUGAUGAAGUUGUACGGAAGACAUAUCCGUGAAGACUCCGGAAUGGUUCGUGUCCUCAAACGGUCAUUACCACCACCAUUGCGACAAUUGCAAGACAGUCUCGAGAAGCGCCUUGCGACUGUACUUGAUAGUCUCGAAGAAUACUUCGAUGCAGCAAAACCACAACUCGAGGCUCGCUUUACCAAUGUUGUGGGUCCCACCAGAAGUUGGCUCUCACAAUAUCCAGCUAGCCUUGCCAUCAUUAACUCAGAGAUGGAUACUACGAAUAUGGAUACGAGCGACUAUGCCAUCGAGGUUAUUGGCGACGAGCGAAAAUGUGAAAAGAAUGCCUCCGACUCUAUCCUACAGCUCGAGUAUGGCAGCCCAAUCAAAGUGAAAUGGACUGCGCCUCCCAACCACAGUAAACGUGAUUGGAUUGGGCUCUAUUCAUUGGCGUCCCGUAAUACAUCUCGCCAAGUCACCCACAUCCCUUCUAAAGGACGCUGGAUCGCCACGAAUUCAGGAGAAUAUGACGAUGUCACACCAGAGCAAGGCAUCAUAGCAUCAGAUGUGAAGGUAACCCGGCCAGACAAAGUCGGACAUGAAGUCGAGCUCAUGACUGGUGAGGUACUAUUUGCAGGUGAGAAAUUAUUCUGGGAACAAGGCAUCUUCGAAUUUAGGUACCAUCACAACGGCAAGCACAACGUUAUGGCCAUAUCGCAACCCUUCGAAAUCCGCAUACCUCGGUUCAACGAAGACAAUCUCGGCUUCCUGGACUCGUCAGGCGACUCUCUGUCGAGCAUACAGACAGAAGAGUUCAUUCAAAGGGCCAUUGAGAAAACGCUGUUGCCCGUGGUUCGCAACUGUUUCGAAAGAGACCCGGAGAUUGCUCCGAGCACGCCCCAAGAGACUUACGGUGGCCUCAUCGACCGCAAUGGCAAGUGGGCCAGUCGGGUCGUCUACUUUAUACAGCACGCUUUCGGCUUAGAGCUACACCCGCAGGUAGUCAAAGCAGAUGGACGGAUAUCGAACCUUGCUUUCCGAAUUGUGGAAGCUGGCAAGAUACUGCAGCCGUACAGCAUGUCCAAGUCUCGCGGUACGUCCACGCCUGUGGAAUGA